UGCCACGCAUGCACCAGAGUCUGCGGAGUUCCUACAGUGCCAUAGGCACUUGGUGUGACGCCGUAUGGCGCCGAUAUUCUUCAUUACUGGUUUCGGUAUCCGCGCUGGUACCGGACAUCUGGACUAGUGCUUAUACUGGGGGCUUCUACCUGAGAUAAUGGAGGAAGAGAAAGACGUGAAUCAGAUUGGGAAAACAGGACCGAGAUCGACAGAAGACAAGAGCCAAGGUGACGCUCCGCAGAAGUAUGAAGGACAGGAUCCGGCUGAGGCGCAGGAGAGCGCCCCCCAAGUCCAAAUUGGAAACAGAAAAGUAGACGACAUGAGAUAUAUGAUCAGCUCCACCAACUGGCUCUGGACUUACAGCCGACCGAGAAGCACUGCCUCGUAGCGCGGUCGAAAUGUUUCUUGAAACUCGGGGACCCGGAAUCGGCUUUGAAGGAUGCGGAGGCCUCGCUACAGGAAGACAAAGAUUUCUUUAGAGGUCUAUACCAGAAAGCAGAGGCUCUCUAUGCUAUGGGGGAUUUUGAAUUUGCCCUUGUCUUCUAUCACAGAGGGUACAGGUUACGCCCCGAACUCCAGGAAUUUCGUCUGGGAAUCCAGAAGGCUCAGGAAGCUAUUGAAAACUCUGUUGGCACUCCGGCUUCUGUAAGGCUAGAAAACAAGGAGGGAAUGGCGUUUCUUAGCAAGCAAGAAGAGAGCAAAAAGGCGAAACAAAAAGCUCCAGCAAAGGUUCCCAAAAAAGACCAAAAGCAGCAGAAGAAGGUGGACCCUUCAAAAAGCCAGAAGACUGCCCGACAGCUGUUGGGGAAGCUCUACAAUGACAUGGAGUAUCUGGAGACACUGUUAAAGGAUGAAGGGUUGGUGAAAGGAAACACUAGGAGCGGGUUAAAACUGCAGGACCUGAUCCUGAACGCCAUCACCUACCUGGACACACGGACCGAGUUCUGGCGGCAGCAGAAACCAAUCUACGCCCGCGAAAGGGACCGCAGAAUCAUGCAACAGAAGUGGAACCGGGAACGGAGUAAACCUUCCGAUCGGAACCGGUACAUCCUGAAAAGCAUGGAAGAGAUUGAUCAGUUAUUCUCCAAUGGAAACCCAGAAGGAAGUUACAAGAAGGCCCACCAGGUAUUGAAGAACAUCCAGACCUGGAAAGACGACACGCCGAAUAUGCAGGAAUUGAUAGGAAACCUGCAUAGCUGCAUCGGCAACGCUCAUAUGGACAUGGGACAGAUGGAGGAGGCGCUGCAGAGUCACAAGAAGGACCUCAAAAUAGCCAAUGAAAACAAUUUACUAGAAGCAAAGUCCCGCGCGCUGGACAACAUCGGGCGAGUCUACGCGCGGAUUGGAAAGUUUAAAGAAGCUGUAACAGUGUGGGAGGAGAAGAUCCCAUUGGCCUCGUCCAGCUUGGAGAAGACCUGGCUCUUCCACGAGAUCGGGAGAUGUUACCUGGAGCUGGAAUUACUGGAAGAAGCCAGAGACUACGGCGUGAGGUCUCAGCGUGAGGCAGAGGAGGCCGCGGACGUGGAGUGGCAGCUCAAUGCCAGUGUCCUGGUGGCACAGGCCCAAGCAAAAUUAAAAGAUUAUCAGUCCGCUGUGAUCAACUUCGAAAAAGCCUUAGAGAAAGCGAGAACGGUCGACAACAAGGACGCAGAGCAGGCGAUCAUUUCUGCUCUGGAAGACGCAAAAAGAGGAACAACAGAGGAGGUUAAAUCGGAAGAAAGCGAGAAGGAAGAUUCCCCAUCUGAGGACAAUGAAUGAAGUGGCGCGGAGCGUCGUCAUGGAUAUAGUCCCGUAUCUCUUUGUGGCAUCUAGAGAAUUAACCCUGCGCUACUUGUCGCCAUUUAUUUAAUUUCUAGGAAUAAAAACAAUAAUAAAAUAUCUGCUUUUCUUGA